AUGGGAUGUCUUUAAUACGUUCUUUUCUAAAAAAAGAAAAAGGAGGAUGAUCAACAUUAAAAUAAUUAAUAAGAAAAAUCCGAAAGAGAACAACCCAAGAAUACUUAAACUGAUAAUGAUAAGGAUGAUGAUUCAAAAAAUAAGGAUGAACUAGGAGCAAAAAAUAUUAGUCUAAAUUGGAAAGUUGAUGACUGCUGGGUUAAAGAUUGUUAGAAAUUUAAUUACGAUCUUAUUACCAAUAUAAAAGGGAAAUAUUUUAAUGUUCUAUUAUUCAAAAAUAUCUAAUUUUAUUAUAAAAAAAUAAAUAGUAAAAUGAAAGAUUCAAAUUACGAAGAUGUAAAUAUAUAUGAAAUAGAAGGAUUUAUUUAUUAAACUGAAUAUGAUAUUCAUUUCAAUCCAAAGUAUAAAUUAUAAAGAGGGAUUUUCUUGAUAAAUUUGAAAGAAAGAAAAUUUCAAUUAAAUGGAUAAGGUGAAGAAUAUUAAGGAAAAUCUACAUUUAUAAAACACAUUGGUAAGUUUAAAAAUGGAGAAUAUAUAUCUGAACCAAAGAAUACAAUUAACGAUCAGAAUACAAAUUAAUAGACUAAAAGAAAUAACUAAAAAAUUAUUAUUAUUACAGAUGUGACAACAGGAAUAUAAUAUAAUAAUUAAAAAAUCAUGCGUAAAUAAUAAGUCUAAGUCUAAAAUUUUUGGUGUAAGUAUAAUUAAUUAAUAUCAAAUAAUGAUCUGGAUAUAUUAAAAAAUAAAAGAUGGAUAACUAGUAGUAUUAUUGAUAGUUAUGUUCUUAAGCUUAAUUUAGACAGUGAAGAUAAAUAUUUUAAUCUAAAAUUUUAAGAGAGAUAGAAAAUUAAACGUAUAUUAUUUUUACCAACUAGUUUAACUACAAACUUUGGAGUAUACUUUGAUAAACAAAAAGUAACUUAUUUAUUAGAAUAAGAAUUACUGGAAUACUCAUAAAUGAAUUUAGAAAUAACAAGAAUUUAUAAGAAAAUUGGAUUUCCAAUCAACCUAAAUAAUUUUCAUUGGUAUUUUCUAUUAUAUGAUGCCGAAGUAGAAUAAGUUUAGAUCUUUGAUUCAACAUCAAAUUUUAAUAAUUUUUCAAUAAAAAAUGAAAAUUUAAUAAAUACUUUGGCAGAUGUCCUUAAGAUAAAAAUUAAAUUAAAAUAAAUUCACAAAGAAUCAGGUAAAUAAAUUAAUGGUUAUUCAUGUGGAUAUCAUGUAUGUAAUUUUAUGAAGUUUUGCUAAGAAUAAUAAUUUAAUAAUAAUCAAAAAGAUUAUUAAUAUGAUGAAAAAAAUAUCAUCUAGAUAUUAUAAAAGAUAAUAGCUAAAGAUUGA